GCGGGCUGGCUCAGGCUAGUGCUCUCACUCUCUCUGCUGAGCUCCACACAGCAGCAACUCGGAUCGUCCUCUCUCGCUGCUCCGCGCGGCUCUCUGGAGCCUGAAGAAGUGCAGACGCUCCAACUCCUGGUGCGCCAUGCUGCCCUGGAGGAGGAACAAGUUCGUCCUGGUGGAAGAUGAAGGCAAGACCAAACCUAAAAGCCUGGGAGUGGGGCUGACCUACCAGUCCAUCCUCUCGUCCCUGCUGCGCUCCUGUCCUGACUUACUGCCCGACUGCCCCUUCGACUGGGUGGGCAACAUCUUCCACACCAAGCGGCAGAAGGUGGAGCUGAACAAAGAGGAGCCUGUGUAUAACGUGCGCUAUCUAGGAAGCGUGGUCACCAUCGUGGCUAAAGGGGACGGGUGCACCCAGGACGCGGUGGCCAAGAUCUGGGAGAGGAGUCACUUUGGGGAGCAGAGUGUGAAGAUGAGGCUAACCGUGGGACCACAGGGCAUACGGAUGAGCACGGACAAGUCAGGGAAGAAGAAGCCCGUCCAAAUGUACUCCCUGAACCGGAUCACCUACUGCACGCCUGACCCGAGCCGACCCAAGAUCCUGGCCUGGAUCUACCGGCAUCAGGUGAAGAACAUGGCCGUGGUGCUGCGGUGUCACGCCGUCCUGGUGAGCAAAGCUGAGAAGGCCAGAGCCAUCGCACACAGCCUGUACCACAACGCCACGUCUGCGUUCAGUGAGUUCAAGCGGCUGAAGAGGCAAAGCGACUUCCGGCACUGCCAGCAGCAGCUCCUCGGUGAAGAGGCGGUGCCACUGAUGCCGCUGAGGAGGCUGCUGAACGGCCAGUGCCACUACAAACCACCCGCUGAUAACCCCGGCAGCGCCACCCGCCUCUGCUCUAUCACAGAGGAGGAGGAGGAGGAAGAGGACGACAGAAAGGCGAGUGAAGAUCACCCGGCGGGGGAGGCGCAGCCAGAGAAACAGAAGGUCUUGACAACAAACACGGAGCCCACUCAGCUCCUCUCUGAACUGGAUCUCGGGGACAUCGCCAGGCUGGAGCAGUGUCAAAUCAACUUUGUCAGCGACAGCAACAACAACACCUUCUCCUUCAUAACCUCUCUGGUGUGAGUCCCCAAAACUGCUCCCCUCUCAGGCCCCUCCUUCCUUCUAAUGUGAAGUGUUUACCAGGAACCAAGUGGAUCUUUCUCGGGGGAGAUUUUCAGCCCCGGCCAGAUGGCUGGACGUUUCUGUGCCAGACUGAGUGUAGCAAAAAACAACAGUGUUUACAGCAGAGGGCCGCCGUGCCGCCGUUUAGUCACAGCACAAUGAUGAACAGGAGCGUUGCUGUGAGGACACGCCCAAGUGCUGCCGGUCACACAGUCCAUCGCUCCUGCUCCGUCAGUGUAUCAGCCAGCAGGGACUCUUUCAGGACCGACCCAUUCUUUUGUAACGAAGGCUCUUUGUACAUUUGUGUAAUUUUGUAAGGUGACAAUCAUUGUGCAGAAGUUUGUUACCCAAGAGUGUUUGGUGGAAGGAAGCAAGCCAUCGGGGUCACGCGUUUAUUGCCCCCAUUCGUUCCCGUCCGCAUCACUUAUGCAUGACAUGUCAGGUGCUGAGCUUUGUCUUUCUUCAUGUGACAUCAUCGAUCUUGGAAGUGUUGAGAUGUGCACUGUGGCUGAUGAACCAAAUCUCUCUGGGAAGCCAGUUCAGACGGAGGGGAAUCCUUUUUGCUGACAUGUGACCAAACAACGAAGACAUGAACUUCAGCUCAAAUGAAAAUGAAAAUACCUUCACACUGCUAAACUGCAAUGCUCACGGAGAACCGCUCCCUAAAUGUCUGGUUCAAGAGAGUCAGCUAAAGUACAGGCCUUAGCUUAACUUAAUUUUCAGACAAAUUUUGAUGCAUUGUUUUCAUCUAAAAUACAAAACUGCCAUUCAGAGUGCUGCUUCUGUCCAGAGUCGACUCUCGAGUGCAGGCAGCUGGUAUUUUAUUUUGUGACCAGAGAGUCAGCACAAGUAAACCAGCAUAGCUCACAGCAUCACUCUCCGAUCACCAGCAUCAAGGGAAGUCCUUGCUGUCAAAUGUGAAAUGAUUGGAGGUGCUGUAGGAGGCAUUUGUCCGGGUUCUGUGGCCCCAUCUUAGUUCAGUGGUGUGUUCCAGUGCAAAAGGUUUCUAUUGUCGCCCAUAUCUGGACACGUCUCUUCUAGUUUCACCUAUGGAUGUUUAAAAUAUGGAUCCUUUUUGGGACUAGAUUUGGUGCUGGGGUCAAGUCAACAGAAUCAAAGGUUCAAAUCCAGACCAGUCAAGAGUUUGGUGACGAACUAUAAGUCAAACCUUGUUGCUAUUGACUAAUCUGAGGUCAGGUCGCAGCGGCAGCAGCCAGAGUUAAGAGGCCCAGACCUCCUCCACCUCUUUCAGGGGUCGUUUUCUCUCCAGUGUGUCAUAGGUCUGCCCCAGGGCCUCCUCCCAGGGGAACCCUUCAAUACUCCACCCUCUUCUCUGGGUCUCACCUGGAUGGCACAGAUUUCAGCUUCACCUGCACGUUGAAUGUCCACAUGGUGAUAAGGUUGUUCUGCAGUCAGAUUUGACACCAAGGCUUGAGUCGGAUUUUGCUGGUGCUGUGUCUGAAUGGACACAAGCUCAAGUGUAGCAGUGCAAACAAUUCCACACGACUCUGUGGGGACUCUGCCAUGAAGCUAUUGGAGUGCCACUAUCACCGUCUUUCCUGCCUGAGUUUCAGAAUGUUAUCAAAGAGAUUAUUCAAAUGAUUCCCACCACUCGCCCCCAUUUGCAUGUUUCAGAUGUGACUUCAAACAACAAA